CGUCUACCCACUUCGCUCACCAGAUCGCGACGAAUUGGGCGAUUGGAAGGUUUCUCGAUUACGGGUGGAAUAGCAAGAGCAAGAACAAGAUGGCAGAAGCGAGAUGGUCUCUCAAUGGCAUGACCGCGCUAGUCACUGGUGGAACCAGAGGCAUCGGGUACGCAAUCGUGGAGGAGCUUGCUGGGUUUGGGGCCAGAGUGCACACGUGUUCACGCAACGAGAAAGAGCUCAACGACAGAGUGCUGGAAUGGAAGAGCAAAGGGCUCCAAGUCACCGGCUCCGUCUGCGACUUGAGCUCCGUCUCCGACAGAAAGAAGCUCAUGGAGACGGUGUCUUCACUGUUCGACGGGAAGCUCAACAUCCUCGUGAACAACGCGGCUAGCAUCGUCAUGAAAAGCUGCCUGGAUCACACAUCAGAGGAUUACUCGAGCGUGGUUGGCACCAAUCUGGAGUCGCCGUACCAUCUCUGCCAAUUGGGACAUCCUCUGUUGAAAGCUUCGGAACAGGGGAGUGUCGUAUUCAUCUCCUCUGUUGCUGGGUUGGUUUCUUUGCCAAUGGUGUCCGUUUACUCAGCAACCAAAGGUAUCAUACAUAACCAAAUUCAUGACCCUUUUUUCCCAGGGGCAAUCAAUCAAUUGACGAGGAGCUUCGCAUGUGAAUGGGCAAAGGACAACAUACGGACCAACGCAGUGGCUCCCGGUUCAAUCAGGACCACGAUGGCAGAGCCUGAUCCUGAGACGAUCAAAAGAUACACGGGUUUCUUCAACAAGAUUCCGGUGAGCCGAAUGGGAGAGCCGAAGGAGGUGGCUUCAAUGGUGGCGUUCCUUUGUCUUCCAGCUGCUUCUUACAUCAAUGGCCAGGUCAUUGCCGUCGAUGGUGGAUUUACGGCGAAUGGCUUUUAGCUACGACUGAAAAACUAAAAGAAAAAAGGAAACUGUGUAACAAUCCUUUGCUUGUAAAAGCUAUACAUAUAUACAAGAAAAUAAAAGUAAUCAAAACCACCAUUGAACUAUAUUUCUAUGAUUUCAACGAGCUAG